UUCGCACUGCCCGCACCACAAAAUAGCUUUGUGCAGAAUACAAAAUUUUGUUUUGGUCCAGUUGUGUUCUCGUGUGCGGGGAAGUCCUACAGCCCAUGUGUAACUUUGCGUUGGUACAUAAACGUUAAAGUACAUGCCAGAUAAAAGUGAAUGUUUUUACAGGAUUUGUCGUUUUAAACCAGCAUAGCGUUUGUAUAUGUUUAAGUAAUGAUAACCAAAAGAUGACGUCAAGUUAUAAACAUUUUGUGGCUGGUGUGGCAGGCGGUACAACAGCUACUUGCGUUUUACAUCCAUUGGAUCUUAUCAAGAUACGAUUUUCAGUCAGUGAUGGUUUGCCAACCAGACCACAGUACAACAGUAUGUGGGACUUAACUAAGAAGGUUUGGAGAACAAAUGGCGUACGUGGUUUAUACACUGGUGUCACCCCUAAUAUAAUUGGGGCAGGGAUGAGUUGGGGGCUUUACUUUUUCUUCUACAACACCAUCAAGUCAUAUCUAAACAAUGGGGAGGGAUCAAAAGCUCUCACAAUCCCACAGUAUAUUGGAUGUGGGCUGGUAUCAGGAUCUGCAACCUUAGCCGUAACAAAUCCGAUAUGGAUUGCAAAAACUCGUCUCUGCUUACAAUAUGAAACACAACAGAAACAGUACAGAGGGAUGACGCAUGCUAUACUUGAUCUGCACAAACAAAGUGGGGUCAGAGGAUUGUACAAGGGAUUUGUGCCAGGUUUGUUUGGCACGAGCCAUGGAGCGAUUCAGUUCCUUGUUUAUGAAAAGUUGAAGAUUUGGAACGCAAGAAGAAAAGGGAAGGAUAUUCAGGAUAAAAUGGAUACAUUUGAUGUGCUAGCCAUGUCCGCCACCUCUAAGCUUGUUGCUGCGACGUCAACUUAUCCUUACCAAGUAGUGAGGUCAAGACUGCAGGACCAGAACCGUGUUUAUAGUGGAGUUAUGGAUGUCGUUAGAACAACUUUCAAGAAUGAAACUUGGAGAGGUUUUUACAAAGGGCUGACUGCAAACCUUUUAAGGGUAACUCCUGCCUGUUGUAUCACGUUUUACACUUAUGAGAUGAUGGUGUAUUAUCUACCUUGAUAAUACAGGGUGUUCGGAAAGUCACUGUGCACUUACAUAUUUAUUAACAAACGUUUUUCAGUAUAGAAUCCAGAAGUAAAUAUGAACGAUAAAUCGAUAAUUAUAAAUGGUGUUAUAAGUGACCCCCGUUAGCAACAAUACAGGCUUGGACCUUCUUAUUUUGUUUCUAAACACCUUAAUCAGUAAAUAUUAACUAUAAGCGUGCAGUGACUUUCCAAACACCCUGUGUAUGCUGUAUUGUUAUCCUAAAUCGUAAGGCUGGUAAAUCAUGCCUAAAACAGCAAUUUCCAUGGUAAAGUAGGGGAAGAUGGGACAUUUACUCAUUCUAUUUUCUCGUCCCAUUUGGUAGUAAACAAAGAAAAUUCCAAGAAUUAUAAAAUCUUAUCCUCACGACUCCCAUAGACCGUUUUUAAUUGUUUAAAACACGAUUAGGAUGUUUGGAUAUUAUGUGCUAAAUGUAUUCCAUCUUCCCCCCACCUUACUAUAUCUACCUUAUACAUAUAAGCACACACUGUGUCGGUGUUUUACUUCAGCGUAGUUUGAUUCUUAUGCAAUAAUUAUAAAAGCAAAAACAAUCUGCGUAUAGAAAGACAUUUAAUCAUUAAGCAACGUGCUAUGUUAUGUUUACUAAACAUUGUUUAGCUCAAAUGAAUAUUAAUAGCCUAUUGUAACCGGAAUGAUAAUAUUCCUUAAAUUUAUAAUAUAGAUAAUACAUGAUUUAUGUUUGUAAUUGCUGCAAUUUUGAAUUUAUUGUUCAUAUGUGACGUUUACAUUUGUUGAGUUCCAGCUCCUUUUUGAGCAUUAUCAAAGAAUGACACUCGUCUAAAUUUGCAUGGCUGGAUAACAGUUGUUAUAACACAGGUGUUCUGUGG